UUCUAGAACAGGAAGGACUUGGCUCUCCUCCCCCCAUCCUUCCUGCUACCGCUGGCAGUGUGGGAGGGCACCGACCUAUCCAUGCGGAAAUUGAUACUGGUACCUUCUCCCUGUAGGCGGAGACCUGCCCUUACCAUUUCCCUCCCAGAGGCUUCCAAAAGCUAAUAUUCAGUGCACCCACUCUAAGUUACUAAGUCAGUGUGCUUACCAACUACUGGGAAGUUAGAACCAGCUGUUUGCUGGAGCCAGGGGGAACUCAGAACUUGGGUCUGAAAGGACAGAAGUGCCUUGCCUGGUGGAGAGUGAAUGCAGAUACCAGGAAGGAGAAACCCUCUUCCUUCAACAGUCUAGCCACUUGGUAAUCCACGUGUUUUAGGAAAAAAAGAGCUCAGUGGCUAUGCUUUUGUUCCCCUGCUGCCCAGGGCGAUUGGGCGGCAGGCUGAGGGGAGAGGAGGAAUGAAGUUUGGGCUGAUUGCAGACGGCUCCUCCUGUUCAGCCUGCAAAUUUCAGUUUGCCUUUUAUAGAAUCCAGGUUCUCCCCUCCCUCAAAGCUGCUACUCCUUCUUUUGAAAACCUAAACUACCAGAGUCCUCCUCUAUUUUCUUCCUCUUUCCCUCCCCAGUUUCCUCUGUUCCAAUUAAAACCAGGAUGGAAAGCAUUGACUGGCUGGCCCCAAUUACUGUACCCUUGCCCAGAGGGAGGGGCCUCUGCCAUGGCCCCUCCAGAAAAACCAGGCGGUGUUGGCCUCCACCUUUCCCCUACUUAACUGUCAGCCCCCACCCAUCCCGUGGGGUUGCUGCUGCUGGCAGCAGUGGCGAUGGCUUGGGUCUGGCUGCCGUGCUGAGACUUGCAGCAGCGCCCUACGGGCUAUGGGCCGAGUUCUACAGUCUCUCUGGUACCUUCCCAUCACGGAUGAAAACGGUUAACGUGAGGGAAAGACAGACUGCGAUCCAAACGCCCCGGGUCUCAGACCCGGAUUCCAAAAUUCAGUCAGAUGCCUAAACCCGCCCAAGAGCGGGAAGAACCGAAAAUGCAGGGAUAGGACCCUGGGAUUGCGGGAAGGCGUAAGUACCGCCCGGGACCUGGUAGCGUGCGGGCCGCGAGUAGUUUCGGAGGGAGCGCGCCUAGGGCGGAGCGUCGGCUGUGAGGAGGGCGGAGAGUCCCGGGCUGCCCCCAACCCUCACUCCUCCCGGGCCUUUGCUGUCCGCCCGUGGGGAGUGGUGGAGGCCUGGGUGGGAAGGGGUUUUUGCCAGCGCACGCGCGCUCCCGGGAAGGAGAGGUCUAAGAGCAAGAACGAGCGGCCCCAGUUUUCCAGAAGGGAAUAGCAGGGGUGUCUUAAGAACGGCUGGGACCCGACGGUGCCGAGUCGAGGAAGAGGGCACCAUGGCCGCCCUCCUCCUCCUGUCCCUGCUCCUGCUGCUGCCGCUGCUCCUACUGAAAGUGAACCUCUGGCCACAGCUGCGCUGGCUCGCGGCAGACUUGGCCUUCACGGUGCGCGCCUUUCGCUGCAAACGGGCUCUUCGAGCUCGCGCCCUAGCCGCAGCUGCCGCCGACCCGAAAGGUCCGGAGGGGGGCUGCAGCUUGGCCUGGCGCCUCGCCCAACUGGCCCGGGAGCGCCCUGCACACACCUUUCUCAUUCACGGCGCGCGGCGCUUUAGCUACGCGGCGGCGGAGCGCGAAAGCAACCGGGCAGCGCGCGCUUUCCUGCGCGCCCGUAACUGGGAUGGGGAGCCCGGUGGCGGCGGAGCACGGAGCGCCAGCGAAGGCGAACGGGCCGCGCAGGGAGCAGGAGACGCGGCGGCCGGAAGGGGAGCAGCCCUCGCUGGGCGCGAAGGGGAUGGGGCGGCCAGAGGCGGAGCCGAGGCCCCUCUGGAACCUGGAGCGACCGUGGCGCUGCUCCUCCCCGCCAGCCCAGAGUUCCUCUGGCUCUGGUUCGGGCUGGCCAAGGCCGGCCUGCGUACCGCCUUUGUGCCCACCGCCCUGCGCCGGGGACCCCUGCUGCAUUGCCUCCGCAGCUGCGGCGCGCACGCGCUGGUACUGGCGCCAGAGUUCCUGGAGUCCCUGGAGCCUGACCUGCCCGCCCUGAGAGCCAUGGGGCUCCGCCUGUGGGCUGCAGGCCCUCAUACCCAUCCUGCUGGAAUUGGGGAUUUGCUGUCUGAGGCCUCGGCCGAAUUGGAUGGGCCAGUGCCUGGGUACCUAUCUGCCCCCCAGAACGUAACGGACACGUGCCUGUACAUCUUCACCUCUGGCACCACGGGCCUCCCCAAGGCUGCUCGGAUCAGUCAUCUGAAGAUCCUGCAAUGCCAAGGGUUCUACCAGCUGUGUGGCAUCCACCCGGAGGACAUCAUGUACCUUGCCCUCCCACUCUACCACAUGUCUGGUUCCCUGUUGGGCAUCGUGGGCUGCCUGGGCAUUGGGGCCACAGUGGUGUUGAAGUCCAAGUUCUCCGCUGGUCAGUUCUGGGAGGACUGCCAGCAGCACGGGGUGACAGUGUUCCAGUACAUCGGGGAGUUGUGCCGGUAUCUCGUCAACCAGCCCCCGAAUGAGGCAGAACGUGGCCAUAAGGUCCGGCUGGCAGUGGGCAGUGGGCUGCGCCCAGACACCUGGGAGCGUUUUGUGCGGCGCUUUGGGCCCCUGCAGGUGCUGGAGACAUACGGACUGACAGAGGGAAACGUGGCCACUUUCAACUACACACACCAGCGGGGCGCCGUAGGACGUGCUUCCUGGCUUUACAAGCGCGUCUUCCCCUUCUCUUUGGUUCGCUAUGAUGUCACCACAGGGGAGCCGAUUCGGAACGCCCGGGGUCACUGUGUGGCAGCAUCUCCUGGUGAGCCAGGGCUGCUGGUGGCCCCGGUGAGCCAGCAGUCUCCAUUCCUGGGUUACGCUGGGGGCCCAGAACUGGCCCAGGGAAAGCUGCUGAAGGAUGUCUUCUGGCCCGGGGAUGUUUUCUUCAACACUGGGGACCUGUUGGUCUGCGACGACCAAGGCUUUCUUCGUUUCCACGAUCGCACUGGAGACACCUUCAGGCGCAGGGAGCAUAAGAGCUUCAUGGUGCUCAGCCACGGAAUGGCUCAUCUGGCCUCCUGCACCCACCAGGGCACGAAGGUAGGGCUGGGAUGGCAGCCCUGGUUCUGCGUCACCCCCGCUCUUUGGAUCUUGUGCAGCUCUACACCCACGUGUCUGAGAACCUGCCACCUUAUGCCCGGCCUCGGUUCCUAAGGCUCCAGGAGUCUUUGGCCACCACAGAGACCUUUAAACAACAGAAGGUUCGGAUGGCAAAUGAGGGCUUUGACCCGAGCUCGUUGCCUGACCCCCUCUACGUCCUGGACCAGGCUGGGGGUGCCUACCUGCCCUUCACCCCUGCCC